AUGAAGUCCGUUGCCGCUAUCGCAUCGGCGGCAAGCCUAAUUGGCUCCGCUGCGGCCGCAUCCCGCGUGCCUCUCCAGUUCGACAUCGCCGAGGUCGACUUGUCGUCUCUGCAGAAGCGCAGCGUCAACAGCGAGCCGUUGGAAGUGUCUCCUCACGUCCUCCAGCUGAACAGAGUUGCUGGUACCUCCCCUGCUCAGACAUGGAUUCAGUCCAUUCGAAACGGACCUAGUGCGAACGGUCUGUACAAGACAGGUCAUGUCACCAACAUGACCGACUUGAAUGGCUUCGAGUACAUCGCCAGCAUUGGCUUUGGCGAUGAGACGCUGCAAGUAAUCGUUGACUCUGGAUCCAGCGAUACGUGGGCUGUGCAGAAGGACUUUAUUUGCCAAGACUCCGACGGCACGAGAUUGAACGAUACAUCAUUGUGCGACUUCGGGCCCACGUACAACGGUACCUUCCAGCAUGGCUCCAUUCCCGGCGUGCACUUCAACAUCACCUACGGUGACGGCGAAUUCGCCACAGGGCUGAUGGGCUACCAGGACAUCACCCUAGCUGGUCUUGAGGUGCCCCACCAAGAGGUCGCCUUGGUGAACAAGUCUUACUGGAACGGCGACAACGUCGCCAGCGGUUUACUCGGCCUCGCCUAUGAUCUGCUCACCAGCGAAUAUGACGACGCCACUGGUGCGUCUAAGCCUUACGACUCUAUCUUCACCACCAUGUCCAAGAAGGGCAUCGUCAAGCCCGAUCUCUUCAGCAUGGCCAUGGACAGCAAGUCUCAGACUGGUCAAUUGGCUUUCGGCGGUUUGCCUCCUGUCAAGACCAAGGGCGAGUUCAUUAGCACGCCCAUCCGAAUGAUCGCCCUCUCCUCCCGCAUGCCCAAGGCGAAGACCGAGUAUUCUUUUUACACUAUCCUUCCCGACGGCUACGUCAUCAAGAAUGUGACCAUGGCUCCUACUACCAACGAGACCCUGGCUUCGAGCAAGUGGAAUACCGCGGUUUCCAAGCCUGCUGGUUUUCACAACAGCACUACUCCUACCAUCGUCGACAGUGGCACUACUCUGAUGUACGUGCCUUCUGACAUCUCCGAUGCUUUCGCAGCUGCGAUUCCCGGUUCUUUGUACAACUUCUUCUCAGGCGCGUACUACGCUCCUUGCAACGCUACGGUGCCAGACUUCGGAGUUGUGAUCAAUGGGCACACCUUCUACGCCGACAAGGUCGACCUGAUCCAGACCAGCGACCCCGUCGACAAUGGCGAUGGCACCUUUGUCUGUCUGCUUGGAGUCAGCGACGGCGGCGAGGGACCUUACAUCUUGGGUGACACCAUGAUGAACGGCUUGGUGACCGUAUUUGACGUCGGAGCCGGUAUGAUGCGCUUCGCUAGCCGCGAGUAA